AUGUUACAGGAGGAUCAGGAUCAGAUAUACAUUGAUUUAGACGUUGCAGAGGACACAAAUGAAAAAGAAGCUGAACUGAAGCAAUGGUAUUUACAAAAGAAAAUGGAAACGCUUAAAGAGUAUCUGGCAGGACACAAAAAAGUGAUCAAGUUGGUUACACACCUGGUUUUAGCAGGAGGUUUUGUUGCUAUGGUGAUAGCAGCAUGCAUUUUGAACUUCCAUCGAGCAAUCGGGCUGCUGGUCAUCACCUUGGUUACCGUGUUCUUUCUGGCCUGGGAUUGGUUGAUGGAGCGUUAUGGCGACUGGGUAUGGGAAGAACUUUAUCCUAUCAGGGACCUCCUCAACAAAAACGAGAAAUGGAUCAAAUGGAUGAUAUGUGGGUCUUUGGUAGUAGGGGUUGUAUGCUGGCUGGUACUGGACACAGCCAGGCAGGGGACCAGACAGCUGGUGUCCUUUGCUGGUCUGAUUUUUUUCAUCUUCUUAAUGCUGCUCUUCUCCAACAACCCAUUUAAAGUUUGUUGGCGUACUGUGCUAUGAGGCAUUGGACUGCAGUUUGCCUUUGGUCUGCUUAUCCUCAGGACCAGGGUUGGCUUCAUGGCAGUAGAAUGGCUUGGAAAACAAGUAGAGACAUUUCUGUCUUACACGGACGUCAGGUCUCAGUUUGUUUUUGGUGAUAGUUACACAGACCACUUCUUUGCUUUCAAGGUGCUUCCCGACAUGGUUUUUUUCAGCACAGUCAUCUCCAUACUCUAUUGUGUUGGCUUCAUGCCUUGGCUCAUUCUCAAGAUGGGGUACAUAAUGCAGGUUACCAUGGGAACAUCUCCAACAGAAUCGAUGGUGGCUGCAGGAAACAUAUUUGUGGGACAGACAGAGGCUCCUCUCCUAAUUCGUCCUUACAUCAGUCAGCUGACCUGGUCUGAGAUCCAUGCUGUGCAGACAGGAGGCUUUGCCAGCAUCUCCAGUACCAUCCUGAGAGCCUUCAUAUCCUUUGGGGUGAGCGGAGGAGGAAAAGGGGCUAGAGAGGAUCUGAAGCUCUCCAAAGACUGUAAAAACCUGUUGGAAGCAGCAUCCCAAGGAGCGACUGCUGCUGUGUCUCUCGUGGCCAACAUUGCUGUCAAUCUCAUUGCCUUCCUUGCUUUGUUGGCCUUCAUCAACGCUGGCCUCUCCUGGUUGGGAGGGAUGUUUGACUACCCACAGCUCAGCUUCUCGGUCAUUUGCUUUUACCUGUUCAUGCCUUUAUCCUUCCUGAUGGGUGUGGCAUGGGAAGACAGCUUUAUUGUUGCUGAGUUAAUUGGCUUGAAGACAUUUUUCAAUGAAUUUGUGGCCUAUCAGAAGUUGUCAGAGUUCAUCAAGAAGCGGAAGGCAGGGGGUCCAGAAUAUGUGGACACUGUGAAGCAGUACAUUUCAAUCUUGAUGGCUGCCUCCAGCGUCAGCUCCGAUUCCCGUAGUAGCCUUUCUCUGACCUUUUUGUCCUCCACGCCAAAAACGAUCUGGUCUCUGAUUAUGGAGUCUCUCAGCGUCGCGAAGUUGCGUGACUGCGCUUUCAGCCGCAAGCCCCAGUACCGCUACCUUCCUAGCAUCCGGCUUCGUCUCCAGUCCCAUGGCCGCGACGUACAGGUUGAACUGCUGUUUGAAGGUGUGCUGUACAUCCCAGAUCUUCAGUGCCAGAAUUUCCUCAACACAUUUUUCAACAAUACUAUAGCCAAUGGCACAGAACUUGUAACCUGCUGCACACAACUAUAUAAUAGUGUGGCCCAUGAUUCAUGGGGCGUGACAGUUGAGGGAGGAUUCAGUCAGAGCAGUCUGCAGGGAUGCUGCAUGGUUGUACCCACCAUAUACUUCAACUGUAGCCUGUUGCUUUAA